AUGGCGGCGAAUGCCGCGCGGCCUUCAAAUACGAAGGGAAAUUUCCCUAAAAAAUCGCCCUAUGGGAAUAAUAUUUUGACACGUUUAUCCCUUAGAGAGACGAGGGGAUGUUUGCAACACCAUAAAAGGUCCAAACCACUCCGGUACUUCAAUAAAAUCCCUGGUCGCCUUGGAUUUCGCCUUAACUCGUUGGCUAGUGAAUUUGUUUUAGAGGGAGGACAUGUCUUCCUUGGGUUCAGCAAGAAUGGCCAGUUUGUCCUGUCCUACUCUCUCCAUCUUGAAGCUGAUGAGCACACUGCCUUCCCUGUGUAUGUCUAUAGACUGCACUGGUGGCAUUUUGUGCCAAAUAGAACACUUAGACAGGUUUCUGAGGUGCGUCUCUUUGGAGAAGAGGAGAUUUCACAUGAUUUGUACUUAGCAUUCUGUGAAUGGCCACGAGAUACCAGCAAGGUUCUCAUCUUCGGGUACAGCAUAGCAGAAGACGGUGAUGAGAAGCGGAAAUGUUACAUUACGAUUACAGCAUUCCCAUCUGCGGCUCCAUGCAAGGAAUGUAUCAAGUGUGCCAAUGAUAUGAAUUCCAACUUGUCCAGUGGAGAGACAGCUUGCCUGAAGCAUGGCUUUACGGUGCACACCAAGUUUGAGCUGGCUCCACCUUACCCAUUUUUCUUUCCACAAACCCACCUGAGGAUAGAUGGCGUUGCUGUGAUGAAUACUGGAGACUCGCUCAUUGCAAUGAGCGUUGAACUCGAGGACGGCCUGAACCAGUCCACUCUCCUCGUAUCCCAAGAUGUGCCUGCAGACUCUGAACAUAUGCAACUAGGUGCUGAAGCAGGAAAUUUUAACUUUGCUCAAACUUCAGGUGUCACAUUAUAUAACGAGACAAUCACUAAAUCGGUCGAGAGUGACUAUUCUGAAAACAUCAUGAGCCCACCGAUGAUGGAUACGCAUAGUUUUACAGAAUACAAGAAAUACGGCCAUUUGCAUUGUUUCAGUAGUGAAACAACCGACCAGGAACAAAGUCCACAAAUUGGUGCUAACACACAUCGACCAUUGGAAUACCGCGAUAACAAUAGUAAUACAGCUCCUAAAUCACCUGAUUUGAAAUCUCAAGAUCCACCGUUGAAAAAUCAAGACUCUCCCUUCACGGUACCAGAGCCUAUGCCACAUGGUCGUGAAGAUAUGAAAGAGAAUAAGUUAUAUCCAAAAAUGGAUCCUAAAAUGCCUAGUCCUGACACGGUACGCUUAGAAGUGACAUUAUCUCCAUGUUUCAUCAAGAUUGAUGAUGGGACCUGUAGUACUGAGAGCUCGUGUUACAGCAGCCCGAUCAUCCUUCAGAACGAUUCCCAGUGCUUCACCUACUCUGUGAGAAAAUAUGCAGAUAUUGAGAAUCCUUCAGAAUCGCCACUGGACCCAGAAGACAUGCCAGAUGAUCUAAGCCUUGCCUACCACAGUGUGUUACCUCUGGAAGUGCAUGGGACAGCCUACAACCAUAUGACUGUGAUAACUAGUCAGCAGCCUGAACAGGCAACUGGGCAGCCAGCCCUCGUUGUGAAGCAGUUGACGUUUGAUGUUGAACAGUACAUCAAUGAGGCGAUCCGUAGCACCAUGGACCUAGGACACAGAUAUCACUCCUUCGCUGACUACGAUGCUCAAAUUCUGGAUGUUUGUCCAGAUUCCAAUAGUGUGAUAGGCAUGGUCGUGAUAUUGGUUCGAGCCAGACCACCACUUUCCACAAAGCUCGAUACCCGAAUGCAUCGGUACAAUGUCAAGAUGUACCAGACAAGUUUCAAGUUUGUAUGGAAUCUUACAACUGGCACUUAUGAAACCAUUGAAACUGAUGAAUUUGUUGAGUUGGAUCAGAAGGAAUGUAUGAAGAAAGUGUGGAGUCCCGGAGCAGAAAUGAGAUGGGAUGUUCAGAAGCACUCGGGCUGUAUCAUUCCGCAGGCUUUCAACACAUCAGCCCACACACUCACAAAUGAAGCCACAUUCAAAGGUUCUUCCUUGAAGACACUGAUCGCUCCUCAGCAUUACGUAGCCAUUGUUCUCUAAGGGUGGUCAAGAUGUGCAAAAUUGUGAUCAUUGUUCCGUUUCAUGGAAAUACCGGCUGCUCAAUAUUUUGUGACGGUGUGGGAACCAUACAGUUUUCAAGAUUUUGAAAUCAGACCAGUGACACUGUUGACUCAAGUCAAUUUACAAAGCGUGUGUCCAAGAUCGUCUGCUAAACCUGUGUAGCUCUGUUUGCUUUGUGAGCUUAUUGAAGGAGUUACAACAAGGCGUGCUACAGUCGUAUUGGAAGUCCUUGAGGCUCAUUGAAUGAUCUAUGUGUGUUGAUUUUAUUGUCUCUUGGGUUCAUGUUCGACCAUUUCCAUAUUCAAUUGUCCAAUCGGUUCUUUGAGCUAUUGCCUUUCCAUCGUGGGCAUCUUUGAUUCAGAUUCUUGUCAAACUAUUCGAGGAUGAGUAGCUGGAGUAACUGCCAAGCUGGCACUGAUGUACAAAUGUGUUCAUGGUUCUCAGAUGACCCACUUGUCAACAAUCUAAUAUGUUUUGUGAACUAUGCAAUGUCCUGCUGACUGUUCUGUUGCAAUUGCCUUUAUAUGCCUGUCCAAGCUGCCUCUACAUGUGUGGUUAUGCUGGUACAUUAUGGUACACAUACAGGGUCAGGGCUAAUGUUUUAUAACUACCAACUUAAUUACUAAGCAAACAUAGAACAAAAAGUGUAGGAGGCAGUUCACUCAGCCUUGGAGCAUCUCAUGCUCAAGGUGAGAUUGAAUGAAAGGGGGGGGGGGGGGCUGGGAUUUCUGGCUCUGGUGUAGCACUAAGCCAAAUCCAUCAGUCCAAUGUGUUUUCGAAGCUGCAAUAAUCAGUUUUAUGAUGCGGCAAUAGGUACAUUUUGUAUUUCCAUGUUUCAAGUGGUAAUGAUUUGAUGUGCAGACAAGCAAUGGGGACUCUGGUCUGAACCUGGGCAGAAAUCAGCAGUGCUGAAAUCCUUUGCAGUUAUCUUUCAUUCGACUUGCACAGAAUUCGGGCCAGAGUUACUCUUGCAUCUUUGCUUUUGGGGGAGUUUCUUAUCCAAGGCGAGGUUUUAAAGAUGUUUUUUUCUGGAGUCCUAUGAAUAUAUCGUUUUAGGAGUGAUAUGGCUGUCUGAUGCCCGUGUACAUUAUUUGCUGAAUAAAACAUUUCUUUU